AUGGCUAUUGGAUAUAAACUUUGGGUCGCUUAUUAUUUUAAGGAAGACUUUGUCACAUCUUACGUUGAAAAACAAACUUCUGGAAAUGCGAAUAAAGAGCUUAAAGUACUAGCUGAUCAAAUUCCAAGUGUUUUGGACAAAUGUCGAGAACCAACAACUCUAAAGAAGUAUACUUGUUUAUUUUACCUUUGGAAAGAUCGGGCCAAGAGGUACUCAAUAAAAUGUUUCCCAGCCGACGAAUUCCAGGUGGCAUUAUUUCUGUUGAACUUAAUUCAAGGUGAUGCGUCUAUUAGUAUUAUCGAAAGCUGUUUCUAUGCCAUCAAAUUUCACCACAACAUCAUUUCAGGUCAUGAUCCUUGCGAAGCUCCUAUCGUUAAAAACAUGCUUGAGGGGGCAAAGAAAAUGAAGAUAGAGCAAGUGAAGCCGGUCUACUGCUUUAGUGGCUUCUUAAGAUUUAACGAAAUUGGGAACUUAAGUCGAUCUGAAAUCAUUUUCUUUGACACGUACAUGACACUUUUCAUUAGCAAAAGCAAAACCGACGUUUAUAGAAAAGGUUCAACGGUGUUUUUUGCAGAAAAUAAAUCCGACUUGUGUCCCGUUAAGAAUCUUAAGCAGUAUUUAGUAAAGGCAGAAAUUGCUGAAAAUUUAUUUUUCCAGCAAUAA